GUAAACCGUACAGUAUAAUCAAUUGGAUUAAAGCGAAUUAAGAUACACAUUUUAUUUUUAAAACAACAAAGCGGAAUAACUUACAUAAUAACGGUUAGUCUUUAAUUGAUAUUGUUGAUUGUGAUUUCUAAAAAGAUAAAUGAAGACAAUUUUUGAGUACUUCUAUGAUAAUUUUAGUGUUUUAAACGCGUCUCAAACGUACUUUUCACUAACUUGCAUUGUUCAAAGUUUAUAGUUAAACGUCAACAGUAAUGGCACACCAGCGUAAAAAUAUUUGUUAAAUCGUUAAUAACCGAAGAUGUUAGUAUAGCAUCCCCACAUACAGUAUUUGAAUAAGCACAUUUGGAUGUUCUGAUAAAACUUGUAUUGCCAUAUUUUCGGACGAACCGUAUUUUACAUGAUGUACGGAUAAGGCCACGGAUUGCUUCACAGUAGAUUUCAAAAAGUCAUUAAAGGUGUCACGUGAUGGGAUCUACUGAAGAGGAGCUUCACCCGAUGUUCCAGGAUAUGCUCCGACGGACGGACGGCUGGCGGCCCGGUGAGAACGUCUCAAGUCUCGACUUUGACUUUAUGACGCGGCAUCCGGCCAUGUCCGUGCUGUUCAUUGCUGUUACAACUGUGGCUGCGAUUGUUGGCAGCAUUGGAAACUUCCUGGUGAUUGGAGCCAUACUAAGUUACCGCCCUUUACUACGGAACAAGGGUAACAUGUUCGUCAUCAAUCUCGCAGUGGCCGACAUCUGCAUCACCACGAUCGUCAGUCCGAUGAACUUGGUCGGCGUGACACGAGGUCCGCGGUUCUUCCUGGACAAGGUCGUGCUGUGCCACCUGCUGGGGAGCAUCUGCACCAUCAGCUGUCUCGUCUCAAUGCUCUCCAUUGCUGCCGUCGCCGUCAACAGGUUGAUCCAGAUCUGUAAGCCAUUCGUCUACCACCGUAUCUACACUCACAAAAAGACCCUGAUCUAUUGCUUCGCCCUCUGGGGCUGGGCCAUAAUACUUGACAUUCCUAACUGGGUCGGCUGGGGCGGCCACACAUUCGGAUUAAAGGAAAUGGGCUGCACAUUUGAUCGAGUUGCAAACUACGGUUUUACCAUGUUCUUAGCGACCAUGUCUAUAUUUAUCCCGAUGACAGUAGUGCUCGGCUGCUAUAUUGCAAUAAUCGUCUUCGUUCGACGAAGCCGAAAUGAGAUUCGAAAAUUCGGCGAGGAGAGUGCAACUCGGCGAUCCUCUACGCCGAAGGGCGGCACAGCUCGGAAAAUGUCUUUCAAAAAGGAUGACUUGCAGUUCGCGUUUAUUUUAUUUGUUUCUUUUCUAGCUUUUGUGCUAUGUUGGAGCCUGUAUAUGGUGGCGUUAAUAUUUGAUUUUAAAGACCGUUGGCCGAAGGAGAUCUACGUAGCAGGGACGAUAUUGGGUCACACAAACAGCUGUCUGAAUUCAAUCAUUUACGCGCUUGGGUACGCGAGGUUCAGAAAAGGAUACAUUAUUUUUAUCCGUAAAUUGUUUUGCUUGAAAAUUCAACGGAACUCAAGUGCUUUGAACGACUCAAAGUACAGUCUUCGCUACACCAGCAAAGUUACAGGUCCCCUGAGUACGCCAAUUAGGUCGAAAGUAUUGCAAUUGGAUGACAACCCAAUAUCCUCCUCUGUGACUACACCUUUGACAACAAUGUGUCGCCAUGGAAACGGGUGGAUGCGAUGACCGAACCAAUUAAUGGUGGCGUUAUGACAUUAUUUAACAUAAAAUGACUUAAAGCUUAAGUUAAAUUGAUACAUUCAAACGAAAUUGAGUUUACGUGACGAGUGGACAGUUUGGUUUUUUUAAUAUUCGAAAUUGUCAUCAUUGAUCAUAUUGUAUAACCAAUGAAAUAAAUACUAUCUUGA